AUGGCUGAAAACGCGCAAAAUCCCGCUGAGGAUGACAGGACUGAUGAUGACACCUCAUCCAUAGGUGGAUCUUCUGUUGAAGAAUCGACAGCUUCCUUACGAUCCAGCAUUCUGGACUACCGUAGAGAAAAUGGCCGCACAUACCAUAGGGUGAGCGAUGGCAGCUACCUCGCUCCCAACGACGAACAAGAACAGGACCGUCUGGAUUUCUCUCAUCACCUGUGGAAGUUGACCUACGAUGGUGAGCCAUGCAAUUGUCCCAAGAAGACUGGCGCCAAAAGAGUUCUUGACAUUGGAACCGGGACUGGUAUUUGGGCUCUUGACUACGCGGAUGAUAACCCGGAAUCAUUUGUCCUCGGCGUUGACCUAAGCCCUAUACAACCUAAAUUCGUCCCGCCGAACUGCCAGUUCGAGGUCGACGAUGUUGAGAAAGAGUGGACUUGGUCAGAGGCAUUUGACUUCAUCUUUUCUCGGUCCAUGAAUGCUGCAUUCAAGGAUCGUGCAGAGUUCGUUGCCAAAGCCUUCGAAAAUCUUGAACCGGGCGGAUACUUGGAAAUUCAGGACAAUGUCUUUCCUUUACUCUGUACCGAUGGUACUAUGCCGGAAGAUUCACUUAUCUACCAGUGGUCGAAAUUGAUCAUGGAGGGCACUGAUUUGAUUGGGCAGCCGCUUAAUGAUGCUCCGAAGUUCAAGAAGAUGCUCGAGGACGCUGGAUUCGAGGAUGUGCAGGAGAGGAAGGAGAUCUGGCCGAUAGGAACCUGGCCUGAGAGGGGGACCAAGGAGCAUGAGCUGGGCAUGUGGUGCCGUUCUAUCACCAUGGAAAGCCUGGAAGCUCUCUCUCUUGCUCUGUUUACUCGCGUUCUGGGAUGGUCGCGGGAGGAGACGGUGGUAUUCUGCGCCGGGGCUCGGGAAGAGUUAAGGCAACAAAAAGUUCACGCCUACUUCGACGUUUAUGCAACUUGGGGCCGGAAGCCUGAGAAGCAGGAUGAGUCUCAAGAGGGGCCUGCCGGUGUCAGUGCUGUCUGA